UUACACACGUAUUUCCCCCGAAGAGUCUCUAAAAUAAACAAAAGUGUCUCAUUUACUAUCAGGCUUUAUCCGAGGCCGCCUAACUGAAGGCCCGAUGCAAGCCGCCGUCGUGCCCGCUCUUGUGUCGGGAUCUGGCGCUGACUUGAAGCUGAGUAUCUUCAGACAUGUCGGUGAGGGAGUCCUUCAAUCCCGAAAGCUACGAGCUGGACAAGAACUUCCGGCUCACGCGCUUCGCAGAGCUCAAGGGAACGGGUUGCAAGGUGCCCCAAGAGGUUUUACAGAAGCUUUUAGAGAAUCUACAAGAGAACCACUAUCAAGAAGAUGAACAGUUCCUGGGUGCAGUCAUGCCUCGAUUAGGUAUCGGUAUGGACACCUGCGUGAUCCCGCUACGACAUGGAGGCCUUUCACUCGUCCAGACAACAGACUACAUCUACCCUAUAGUGGACGACCCCUACAUGAUGGGUCGCGUCGCAUGCGCAAACGUUCUCAGUGACCUGUACGCGAUGGGGGUGACGGAAUGCGACAACAUGUUGAUGCUGCUGGGCGUCAGCAACAAAAUGUCGGAGAAGGAGAGGGACAAAGUCAUGCCACUCAUCAUGCAGGGCUUCAAAGACGCAGCGGAGGAGGCGGGCACGUCCGUGACGGGAGGACAGACGGUGCUCAACCCUUGGGUGGUCUUGGGCGGUGUUGCUACCACCGUGUGCCAGCCCAAUGAAUUCAUCAUGCCAGACAACGCGGUGCCGGGAGACGUGCUGGUGCUAACGAAGCCGCUAGGGACGCAAGUGGCCGUGGCCGUGCACCAGUGGCUGGAUAUCCCGGAGAAGUGGAAUAAGAUUAAGUUGGUGGUCACGCAGGAAGACGUCGAGCUGGCCUACCACGAAGCAAUGAUGAACAUGGCUCGCCUCAACAGGACAGCCGCCAGCCUCAUGCACACGUUCAACGCGCACGCCGCCACAGACAUCACGGGCUUCGGCAUCCUGGGCCACGCCCAGACGCUGGCCAAGCAACAGAGGAGCGAAGUGUCCUUCGUCAUUCACAACCUUCCCGUGCUCGCCAAGAUGGCCGCUGUGUCCAAGGCGUGCGGCAACAUGUUCGGCCUCAUGCACGGCACCUGCCCCGAGACGUCGGGGGGGCUGCUCAUCUGCCUGCCCCGCGAGCAGGCGGCUCGCUUCUGCGCCGAGAUCAAGUCGCCCAAGUACGGCGAGGGCCACCAGGCGUGGAUCAUCGGCAUCGUGGAGAAGGGCAACCGCACGGCGCGCAUCAUCGACAAGCCGCGAAUCAUUGAGGUGGCGCCGCAGGCCGCCGCGCAGAGCGUCAACCCCACGCCCGGCGCCACGUCUUAAUCCCGCCCACCACCAUCAUCCCGCAUCCGACAGUGAUUUCGUUUUCAAACACAAGCAACUACAGAACCAUGUUAAAGUGUCCAAUAGUUUAAGCAAUGGGCUGGCGUGUACGUGACAAACAGCUCCACCCAGUGGCCCUGGGUGGUAUUGCGUCAACCCAAUGGACUCCACCUAUGAAAAAAGAAAUUGCUCAUUUGUUUGCCUUUUGUAUUUUUUCCGUACUCUGAAGACGACAGAAGACAACAGUCUGACACUGCUCGUCAUUCUUGUGAGAACUUUGCUGUCAUCCAGCAAGCAGGCCCAUGUCUCGUUGUUUCGUUUGUCCACUUUUGUACAGUUAUAAACUUCUUUGCUGAAACCGAUGCCUUGAAAGAAAGUGUUAGCAGUGUGUUUUUUCAUUUGACUUUUUGUAUUCACCCCAUCGGAAUGAAUAAAUACUCAAAUACUA